CAAAGAAACGAAGGCGAGAGGUGGAGCCGCUGCGCUGACAACUGUCAAAAGAGCCGAGCCCUUCCGUCCUCAAAGCAUCUUGUCGUAGCGCGUUAGAAUCCGUUAUAAGCCACGUGAUUGAAGUGAGUAUUCCGUGUCUCGUGAGUGUAACGACGUCUCUGUCGCUAUUCCGUUAUCGCGGAGCCGUUUCGGAUGAGCGGUUCGCACUUUGGCAGGUUUAUACGGACUGCAUGUCUUCCUGGAGACCCACGGAGAAGAGAUGUCAAGGCGAAGCACAAGGUUAGUGUCCAAAGAGACGUCCUUCCCUGAUGAUGACGCUGCCAGCACGAGCUCCACCGGAUCCACUGGACACAUCACUUACAAAGAGAGCCCAACCAGGAUCUUCAAGAAGAGGAGUGGUCGCAAGAGCACAGGCAGUGUUUCCCGCAAUUCAAGCCGCGCGAGCAGUGUGAGUCAGAUACUGACUGGGCAGCGCAGUGAAUUCACUGCCACUGAGAAUGAGAAUGGUAUGCCCUUUGCUACUCAGGGAUUCUCCUCUGGAUAUUCCUCGGCUGAGGAGCAUUACGAACAAUCCAUAAAAUCAAACCCUAGUUCUGCCCAGUCUGUAGCUGAACCACAAUUUGUCGUGUGGGACGUGUUUCAUUCUCCAGCUCAGGCUCUGGUUAUGUUCUACUGGUGGCUGGGAAGUUCAUGGUACAGCCUGACCUCUCGACUGUCUCUGAUCAAUGUGUUUCUGCUCAGCAGAUGCACAUCAGAUAUGAGAAAGACCGUCGUACUGGUCCUCCUUCUCAUCUUUCUCAUUUUUGGAAUAUGGUACUGGUUCCCGUUUGCUUCUCGUUCUCCUCCUCAUGAGGUUGUUUCCAAGACUCCGUCUGUUAAACACACAGAUAGACCUGUGAAAGAAACUUUUGAUCAUCUCCAGCAUGCCAGCCUGUCUAACUUGAAGGAAGAGAUCGUCAGCUUGCAUGAUAGGGAGGCGAGCCUGUUGAAAGACAUCGAACUGCUGAAGAUGGAGAGCAUGAGACAGAAGGUCAAAUCUGAGAUGAUGCAAACUGAUCUGAAGUCUAUGAAUGAUCAGAUGAGGAAUGCUGAGUCUGAACAUGAGCAGCAGAUUUCUAAUCUGAAGUCCAGCAUCUCAAACCUGCAGUCGGCCCAAGACCUCGUCAAGGAAAGAGUUGAUGCACAAGACACUCUCAACACUAACCUGAGAGCAGAGCUAUCCGACUGGCUAAUAAAACUCCUGAAAGAUCCAAGCUCAUUGGAAUCGACCAUAGUGCUCCGUCCUGAGCUGCAGAGGGCGCUGGAGGAUCUGGAGAAAGGGAUACUAGACAAACUAGUGCAUGAGAAAGAGAGCAGGAGAGACGUCUGGAGGACUGUGGGAGAGACGCUGCAACAGGAAGGAGCCGGAGCGGUCACUAUACAAGAUGUGAAGGAAAUCAUCCACAGGGCAGUUAGUCUGUACAGGGCGGAUGGGAUUGGAUUGGCGGACUAUGCCUUGGAAUCUUCUGGUGCCAGUGUGCUCAACACCCGUUGCUCAGAGACGUAUAAGACCAGAUCUGCGUGUCUGAGUUUAUUUGGCAUUCCUCUGUGGUAUCAUUCAGAAAGCCCUCGGACUGUUAUACAGCCGGAGCUGUAUCCUGGGAAGUGUUGGGCAUUCCGAGGCUCCCAGGGUUUCCUGGUAAUCGCGCUGUCUUACCCAGUAAGAAUCACCCAUGUGACACUCGAACACCUUCCCAAAGAGCUCUCACCGACGGGCCGCAUUGACAGCGCCCCGAAGGAUUUUGCUGUCUAUGGUAUGUCUGAUGAGACUGAAGAUGGAAAGCUGCUUGGUACAUUCACGUAUGACCAGGAUGGAGAGCCCAUUCAGACUUUCAAGCUUGCGGAAGCGUCAGAGAUCUAUAGCAUGACAGAGCUGAGGAUCUUGAGCAACUGGGGUCACCUGGAGUACACCUGUGUGUAUCGCUUCAGAGUUCACGGAGAACCUUCAUUCGUCUGAGAGGAAGAGGAUCUGAAAUGAUUCUUCAGCUUUGGUUUACUCUAUGCAAAAAAACAAACGUAAAGCUCAAAUGCACUGGACUCUUAAAAGAAUGAAUCAGACAGCUUCCUAAUGUACGAAUACCAAAAAAAGCGCACACAAACGUCAUACUGAUAUCAGAAUGUAGAUCGUUUGCCCUCUCAAAAAAUAUUUCAGUUUUGCAUUCCUCAAACAUUGAUUUUCAAGUGCUGAUAGGAAAGUUUUUAUGAAAAGGUGUACAUUUUUUUUAGUUGUUUAUACAGUUUUGAAUUAACUUUUGUGAUUUAUUGAAUUUUUUUCAUAUGAAGGACAGGCUUAUAUUGUGUGUAACAGCAAAUAUGGUUUAUAAAACCAAAUGAAGGACAAAAAGUGUCAUGCUUAGCUGGAAUUACCAUAAAGCAGCAUUUGUGUUGUAUUGCUCUGCCUUUUACAUUUGUUUUAUCCUCAGUAUGCGUUUUGCAACGAUAGAUGGUUCUGAAAUGUGUUUAUUCACGUCAUCAUUGAACCAUAUACCUCUUAAGAAGCUUCUAAUAGUUUGUUUAGGUAUGUCCUUUUGUAACGAUGCUGUUUUCUUUGAGCAGCAGUUCUGAUUGCACUCUUGAGACGUUAUUAUUUUCCGCCCCGGCUGAGGAGUAUAGACAGGUACUAGAUGGUGUAUGUCUCCUCUGCGGGACGGGGGAGGACUGGAGUCAAACUCAGGUUUUGGGUUUUCAAACCAAAGUGCUCUUGAACGUCCCAGAUUAUAUAGUUCUGUUGUCCUCUAUUUGUAUAUAUGUGCUUAAUGAUGCAGUUUUUCAAAUGCACACUUAAAAGGUAUAAAUAUUUGCUUUGUCUUUGAUUUAUUUUGGCAUCCUUUCUCAUCGAGCUUAAUAGAGCUUCGAUGUUAAUUUGGCAAGUUUACAUGAAGUUUCUGUCACAUUAUAGAUAUUAUUUUGUAAGAAAUAGGAUUUUUUAAAAUAAAUUUGAGAUGGUACAUAAUACUGUGUGAAUGCUAAUACAAAUGCAUGAGUUGCACACAUAAGACAUUUUCAUGCAGAUCUGCAUGUAUAGCACUGCACUGAUCUUUCCAUGCUUCAUUUAAUAAUUCAUGGCUAAAGUUCAUCCAAAUCAUUUGCAUGGUUUAUACACUGACAAUUCAGCAACUAAUUUUUUAGACCUGGCUCAAUUUGACUUCAAAUUCUACCAGCUAUGCUUUUCUACAUGCAAAAAAAGCAUAGAUAACACUUUUUUUUCACAUGCAUCUCAGACUGCUGUAUGUGACUUCACACAUAUACAUGUCUCUAUCACUUGCAUGUAUUUAAUAGUAAUAAAUAAAGAGGGUGGUAAUAUUUUUUACCCCCACUUUUCAGAAGUUGUUUUGCGUCUGCAUUCCCUAGUGUGGACACAUCUAUACAUAUCAAACACAAUGAGAAGAAUCCGGUUUCAUUUAUCUAUGACUGACCAGUGUCAUUUCACCACACCCUCACAAAUGCUGUUAUGAAAGGCCAAAACUUCACUACACAACACUGCCAGGGUUCAUUUGCUUUGCUGAAUUAGAAAUUAAAACGGUUCAACUUGCUUUUCUUGAGGGUCGUGAUUUCUGCAGCUCUAAGCUAAAGCAGUGGUUAUUAUAGGUCUUCUAAUAAAUAACACCAGUUUCAGUUGCUGGAGUUUUAUCUAUUAAGUUGAAUCAGGUGUGUUUGAUGAAUCAGAACCACUUGUUGGAAACCACCCAAACACUGAUCCUCAAUUCAUUCACAAACACUGUAUUUUUUUCUAACAAUUUUAUUUCCAUAACAGAAGUAAAACUGAAAGCAAAAAACUAAAUAAAUUAGGUGAUCUAAUAAAUACAGUAAGGUAAACAAAACAAAACAAAAAACGGUAAGAUGUUUUCAUUGUUUUACAGUAUUGACUACCAUGAUAGUGCAUCAAAGAAAAGAAAUAUAUUCUACAUUAUAAAAACUGAUGAAAAUGGUACAGCUAUUAAAAUCACACUAUAAAACUACAAUGUCUUAGACAUAAAAUUCACCUAUUUUACAUUCAUUAUUUACAGUUACAGUGGAAAAUCACCAAACUCUCCAUAGGCCAUAGAUCAUAUUUGUUUCUUUUGACAAUUCCACACAACACACAUCAGUGAUUUCAGUGGGACACGCUCGUUCUGAGAGUUCACGUGAACAUGCAUAUGAUCUGAAACACACAAACACACACACUCGUGUCUUUCUGAUGUGUACAAAACCUCAAACACACACACAAGAUGCUCCCGUAUGGAAUGCUGUGAGGGUGAAUAUGUAUUCAGGAUGCUGGUGUUGAAACAGAAAUUAAUUUGACCUGUUGUAUCGCUGGCCAAAUAUCACAUGCACACACUCAAACUCCACUCAAAAGUGAAAAAAAAAACUCAUUUACAGGUAUUUGAUAUGUCUGAAAAGUGACAAAUCAUAUAGGUGAUUAAUUAGAGCUGAACAGCAACCAUGUAGGUUUUUUUACCUAAAAACUAAAAUGUAUUCUGGAGUGUUUAAAAACCGGAACAAUGUUUAACAGCAGAUUAUAUAUAUAUGCUUACAUAAGUAAAAACCUAAUUUGAUGACUCUGAUGUGUUUAAAAAUCACAAAUACUUGGAUGAACUAUCAAGGGUGAAAAUACUAGGUUAAAAAAGAAGAAAAAAGGAAAACUACAAGUCUAAAAAAUGACAAGGCACAUUGGAGCCAAGCAUACUGUGUUUCCAAACAUGUGUCAGAGCAAGCUGAACAGCAGAUGGUGCUCAACAGACACAUGGUUUGUACUAACAGCAUCAUCAAUGGUCUGGUUUCGCAGCUCUUCCAUCAGAUGAAGAGGAAGAGGAAGGCUGUUCAGUGCACUCUAAUCAUGCCACAAGUCACAGUGCAUUUUGGUCGCUCUCCGUGUUUCCCAACUUGACAAUUUUCCCUCAACUGGAGGGAGUCGACUGUGCAAAACGCAUUAACUACUGACAUCUGAACUCAUGAGUGACAUUAUGAAUGUCAGAUAUUUGCUGUACUUUAUGAGCAACAUUCACUUGCACUGAUGCUAAUACUUUCAUUAAAGAGUACAUCUGAUUGUGCAUUAUAAAGUGACGACCUUACAAUAAAAAGUUGGGUUGAUGUAAUAUUCGGUGACAAGUAACAAUGAAACGAUUUAAGAAAUGUUCUGGUUGUCUCCUCCUGGAGUGAUCAUAACUAUCUGCAUUUCAUAGAGAAAGCAAGUGAACUUGUUACAAAAUAUAAAUACAUUUAAAAGCAUCUUGCAAAAGCAAGAACAGAAGACAUUGAUAUGAAUAUAGGAACAAAAAAUGCUUGCUAUGCAGAAGAGUUUUAACAUUAAAUGUACAUGUAUGACGUCAUAUUG